AAAAUAAGGCCCUUUAAAUUAUGUCACGUGACUUUAUUAUCUGGUCACAUGACCAUAAACAUGGCGGCAAUCUGAACACAUGAGCUGAGAUUAAAAACAUUUAAUUUAGCUAUUACUGCUAAUCUACAAAUAAAUCGGUUUGUUAAGGAGGCAAGAUGAUAGACCAAUUCGCAAGAUUGACGUUAUCAGAAAAAGCUGCAAUAUCCAUCGAAAAAACUGAAGAAAAUUAUAUUUUGGACCUUGCAUCACAGCCUUCAGAUCCAGGGGGUGAUGGAAUUCUAGCCGUCACUGGCACAAACAAUAGCAUACGACUGCACUCAAGACAGAAUCUGGCACUUAAGGGGAAAAUAACAGGCCAUCAAGGUGUAGUGAGCAGUGUCAAGUUUGGAACACGGGAACCAGCAUUAGUAUACAGUUCUUCUCUUGAUGCAACGGUCAGGUGUUGGGACACCAGAGAUAAAAAUAACCAAGUUCACAAAUAUGAAGGCCAGGGUGAUGAGAGAGGUAUGUUUCUCAGCCUCAGUGUUAGUUGUGAUGACAGGACAGUUUGCUGUGGCACUGAAGGAAUAGAUGGGGACACCUGGAUCAUGUUCUGGGACAGAAGGAAACCUGGUAUUCCUAUUAGGAGGUUUACAGAGUGUCAUAAUGAUGACAUAACACAGGUGCAAUUUCAUCCAAGUGAAGUCCACAAAAUGGCAUCAGGUUCAACAGAUGGCCUCAUCAACAUAUAUGAUCUCAGAGAGACUGAUGAAGAUGAUGCUAUAGAAAUGACAUUAAAUACUGAAUCAUCUGUUGGGAAGCUUGGUUGGAAGGGUCCUGGGGGUGACAACUUAUAUUGUAUAACACACUUGGAGACAUUCCAUAUAUGGGACAGCGAGGGAGACCUCUUAGCAGAACACAAAAAUCUCAAGGAGAAUUUCAAGGAGUUGGAUUAUUUGGUUGACUGUUUUGAAGAUGGAAGCAGUAACUUCUUCCUUUUGGCUGGUUCGCAUAAUGGCGACAUGCAAGUUCUGUCUUUAGGAGAUGCUAAAUCAACCAAAUGUAGCACAGUGGGCUCUUUGUGCAAGGGUCACACAGAUACUGUGCGCUCAUUGUCAUACAGUUCAUCUGGAUGCAGUUUGGUUACUGGUGGUGAGGAUGGAAUGUUGUGCUUGUGGACUCCAAACAAUAAUGGCAGAGAACCUGUCACAUCACAUAGCAAGGACUCUAUGAAAGUAAAGGAUAAAAAAUCACGGACUAAACCAUAUUCUAAAGGAGCCAAGACUUGAUAUGUGCAUGGGACAAGAGAAUUCAAAUGAUCUGGCAUCUUUUUAACUUUUAUUAACCAAUGGCUUUUGAUAAGUCCAAAUAUGGAAAUGAUUGAGUUCCAUAUUUAAAUAAAAAUACAAUUGAAUCAAAAGUAAGCUUCCA